GCAGCCGGGCGAGUCCGGAAAACCUCGCUCGCUGAAUGAAAAUCUUUGGAACCGCAAGGGAAAAGUUGACUGCCAUGGAACUUCGGAUCGAUACGAAAGCAGUGCGCCGCUGAGACAGCGUCGCAGGCGGCGUGCCCUUCUUCGGACCGAGCCUUCACAAAGCAGAGAGGGGGGGAGCCUCCGGAGCAGGCAUGAUGACCCAUGCCUGCUGCGAGCCCGCGCUUUGGAGGUUCUGAGCUCGACACGUCUGCCGGCCGGAAUAUUCUGCGCUGUUCGGCUCUAGCUGCGCCAAAGCUGUCUACCUCUAACAGGACUCCUCCAGCCCAACAAUGCAGGACCAAUUCUUUGACCACGGGCGAGAUGCCAACUCGUCUGAAACUUUGGACUGUGAAGAAUUCGUCUUUGAUUAUGACAUUCCAGUGGCUAUCCUGUGCGGCAUGUACAUGGUGUUUGGUGUAGUCUACACGCUGUAUGGGUAUCGCUGCUUCAAGGCUGUGAUGUUUCUGACGGGCUUCCUCUUUGGCUCCUUCGUGGUGUUCAAGAUCUGCACCGUGGAGAGCCUCCUGUCAACAGCGGGCAACGCAGGUGUCUCCCUUGGCGCGGGCCUGCUGUUCGGCCUCAUCACUAUGCUGGUGCAGCACGCCGGCCUGUUCCUGACCGGCUUCCACACGGGCCUCUUUGCGGGCUUUGGUAGCAUAGCCUUGAUGCGGAUAUGGUACACGCCAUCCACGGUGUGGCUGACUGUGGGCAUCCUUCUUGCCUGCAGCAUCUUCGGGGCUGUGCUCAAUCUCUUCUGGCAGAAAGCCUUGACCAUUCUAGGCACAAGCGUGUAUGGAGGUGCCAUGAUGGUUGUGGGCUCGGACUACUUUGUGAGUCGGUCACGCCUGACGGACUGGUCCCUGGGUGUGAUCCUACUUAAGCCCCCUCUGCCCCUGUGCUGGUUUUCCUGGCUCAUUCUGGCUCUGUGGCCACUGCUCAUCGUCAUCGGAGUGAUCACACAGUGGAGGCUCACAGGCCGUGGCACCUACCACUCUGACGCAGUUGGACCAUCCCGAAGGUCUCGUCAGCUCAACCUGCAGAGAAUAAGGCAAGAAGAAUCUCGUGCAGAGCAACGGCAGCGCAAGUAUCGAUACCUGUACCAGGUGCGGACUGCUCACGGCGAUGUCAUCUCCCAGAGCUACAUCCAAAGUCUGCAAAAGAAGGUGUGCCCGCCACCUGAUGACAGCCUCUCGAUGCUCCACUCCGACCUGACACACCUCACAAUGCUCAACCCUUCGGAGAGCACGGCCACCACUCUGAGCCAAGUUACCUGAGCGCGACCUCCGUCAUCUUCAACUAGACCUGGAGCAAAGCAAGCCGAGGGACGCGAGUGGGGUUGGCCGUCCAGAGGUUUACAAGUUGCGACCGACAAGGAGCGGCCUUCGCACAUUUGGUGUUUAUUGACGAGCAGCUGUGCUGGCGUUCAUUUGUUGUGUUCAGCAGGGGUAGAACCCGAGUAGCCUUUGAGGCAAAGCGCUACUCGGACUGAGUGCAUAAGGACUAGUAAUCCGCGGCGGCAAAGUUGUGAGAAGUUGCGUCGAGAAGAUAUCGUCGAGGUGGGCACAUCAAUGUGGGAACACGAAGCCUUCCCGUACCAGCGACAUUGUUCAGUCUUUAAAGCUUCUCUCCAAAUUCACUGUUGGAAUGCAAUGCAGAAGGAUAGUGGUGCUGAAUGUUGACAGAUGUGGCGUAUUAAAGCUGUGCGCUUUUUUGAAGAGUUAUUUGUUACAGCGGGGAAAUAUUCGCGAAUGACUUUUCAAAGGAAGAUGUAAGCUAGCGUAGACAUGGCAAAGGAGUCAAGAGGCGCAGUCCCGGACGUGUACACGAGCCAUGCUUAAGUGUUGUUAGGGCACAAAGUAUUUCUCAUCUAUCGCAUGAUGUUUUUCCAGUGUGCAAAGAGAGAGUGAGGCAUUUCUUAUGCUCAAAAGCUUAGUGCAGCCCCGGUGCAGUUGAGUUGAUGUUUUGGAAUGCGGUGUAGUUAAGGACUGUUCGGUGUACAUACUAGUUGCGGACUAAUGUGAAUGUGUUUCACUUGUGAUACGUGGGAGAAAAGGACAGUUAUACUUCUCUUUCCUUAGAAGCCGUAACGUAUGGCACAACUUUGUGGUGUUCAGUGACUGCCAAAACUACAGACACUAAAACCAGUAUUGUGUACUCUCCGAUAACAAAGACACUGAAUGCCUGUUCACGCAUUCAAGGCAUGGGUGUGUAAUAGGUAGUCAUUACAUUUUUCUCUUCACCUGGAGUGUACUCAGCCCUGGUACGGGAUUCAUUGUGCACAUCUGAGAACGUCCAAGUUUUUUUUUUUUUUCAUUGUUGUUGCUGUGUUCCACUGUACAUAUCAUAUGCUGUAGGACAUUAAAAUGAUUGUUUAUGACCA